AUGACCGCCACCGCCGCUGGACCCGUCGGUCAGCCCGACAUCGCCUACGCUCCCCAGUACGACAACUACAAGGCUCGGACAACGCGUCGUAUACAGACAGAAAAGCUUGUGCAAUCUUUGCCCGAGGGAUUCCCGGCCAAGCUGGACUCCGAUCUCGUAUGGGACGGAAAUAGCUUAGCUGAGUCUUACGAUUGGAAUUAUCACCUGACACCAGCGGACCUUGCUGAGAUUGAUGAAGCCUUGAGGUACUUUAGGUCUUUGGGAAAGCCACUUGGCGAGAUCAGUCAAAAGACCUUCCCCCUACCGAACCUUCAUGCAACGUUGCGAGAAAUUUCACGAGAGAUCCACAAUGGCCAUGGCUUCAAGGUUAUUCGCGGAAUACCCGUGGAUCAGUAUACAAGAGAAGACAAUGUCGCUAUCUAUGUUGGUGUCUCAUCUCACGUCGCACCUAUUCGGGGCCGGCAGGGCAAAACCUGGCAAGGCAAGCCAGCCGAUGUCAUUCUUGCUCAUAUCAAAGACUUGAGCUCCACUGUUGAUGCAAAGGAUAUUGGCGCCCCAGUUUAUACAGCAGAGAAGCAGGUUUUCCAUACAGACUCGGGUGAUGUUAUUGGGCUCUUUGCAUUGGGUGAAUCUGAAGAGGGGGGUGAGAGUUAUCUGGCAAGUGUUGGAAAGGUCUAUAAUGAGCUUGCAGCAGCCAGGCCCGAUCUUAUACAUACCCUUAGUGAGGAUUGGGCUUUCGACGACUUCAGCAAAGAUGGAGAUGCUUAUCUCACACGCCCUCUCCUCUAUCACCAACCGGCAAAAGACGACAUCCCGGAGCGACUGAUCGUCCAAUAUGCACGUCGCAACUUUACGGGCUAUUGGGGAUAUCCCCGCUCAGCUAACAUCCCACCGAUUACCGAGGCUCAGGCUGAAGCAUUGGACGCAUUGCAUUUUACGUCGGAGAGAUAUGCUGUCGCUCUUGAUUUCCAUAAAGGCGACAUCCAGUAUGCAAACAACCUGAGCAUUUUCCAUGCUCGGGGGGGUUUUCGCGACAGUAAAGAGAAACAGCGUCACCUUGUCCGGCUUUGGCUUCGCGACCCUGAGUUUGAGUGGAAGAAAAAUGAGGCCUUGAAGGAACGGUUUGAUCGUGUGUAUGCGGAUUUGGAGAUCGAAAGCUCGGUAUUCCCGCUUGAGGCUACCAUCAGAGGUGCAAAUGUGGGUACCUGA